CCCCGUGGUCAAUCACAUACCAAACCAGACACUUCUCUUGAACACCACACUGGAUAUAGUGUGCCCGUACACUGAUGGAAAUCCGCCGAAGACGUCGUUAUUGUGGCAGCGCGAAAAUGUGUCACUAGAAAGCAUGAAUCGUGAACAUCUUAUCAUAAAACAUAUCACUAAGUCAGACGAAGGAUGGUAUAAAAGCAGCGUUUUCAACACGAUGGAAAUAACAGGCUGUGAUGUAAAAGAGGGCGUCUCCGACAGUAGUUACUACCUCGACGUACAGUAUGCAGCCAAGUUGAAACAAUUUCUGGUAAACGGCUUCGAUACUUUCAACACAAUAAGUGUUAACGAAAGCGAUCGCAUCGAGUUUAUAUGUUAAUUUGACAGUGACCUAGUAGCAAACGUUUCUAUUUUAAAUGGUACCCGUGUUCUACAAACAAAACAAUCCGACAUACUUUCGGCUACCAUUACCGCGGCUCGUUGUGAAUAUGACUCAAACGUGUAUAAGUGCAUUGGCCGAAAUAAACAUUCUACAGAUUCACAGGAACAAACAAUUCAAUUAGUUAUCCACUGUUCCCCAAGACAGUCGCCGUUUUCACCUCCUGUCACAAAUGUUUCCUCGGUUCUACACGGAGCAACGAUAUUAACGUUUACAAUCAUCGCGUAUCCUCUACCGGAAGGAUCUGCCUAUACUUGGUACAAGCUUAAUGGAUACACGUGGGAGAACAUUUCUCGCAAACGAUCUACAAGCAUAACUGUUUCUCCAGAUGGGUUACAGACUAAUAUGUCGAUAUUAAGAGUACAAGCCUCCGAUUUCGGGAGAUACAGAGUUACUGUAUAUAAUGAAUUAGGCGAAAUCGAUGAGGAAUUCACCAUUCACGCACCAGAUGAAAAUGAAGAAGAACACAAGUCGAUCGAUGUAGUGGUUGCCUCUACGAUCAGCAUUGGCGUUGUUUCUGUUGUUGCAGCUGUAGUUGUCGUCGUUUUAAUUAAACGAAAUCAGCUUGAUGCGUCCACUAAAAUUCACAAGUGUCUUUGGUGGCUCAGGUGUAGAGAAUCAAGUUCACGAUGUUCAUAUUUCGAAAAUAUCGAUAGCCAUUGCGAUCGAGAAGUAAACUAUGAAUAUCUGAUCGAAUAUAAGAGACGUUAUGAAGCCACAAAUGCAAGUUAUGAAAAAUGCGCAAUUGAGUCUGCGCCAGAAAAUAAAUAUGAGGCUCUUACAGAAACAGCUGUGCACGAGUGUUCGAGUCUUUCAAUAGAUAGCAUGCAAUUUUGUAACAAAGUCGAUACUAACUCAGAUGGUGACUCGUAA